AAUGCAAGGGAACUAUUGAGGGAUGACCUUUCAGAUGUACCGGAUAAUGUCAAAAGAGAGAGGCGGAUUUACAUCCUGCUUCCAAAGAGUGAGGAUCAUGAAUCAACACAUCUUACUGGACAACUUGCUGGCUUCAUGAAUCCUCUAUCCAAGGAAGUUCGAGAUAAACUAGGGAAACUUGUUGGACAUGGGGUAACAAGUGUCUCAGAGAUGCAAAGACAUUUGCAUGUGUUUGUUGAAACCAUGUUGUUUAAAGACACAAAGCGUCCUGCAUUGACUGAUGCUGCUUACUAUCCAACAGACGAAACAAUCAGAGCACAUAUAUACCUUGCCCAGCUACGGUUGAGGUACAAAGACAAGGACUUGUUAAAAAGUUUAAUUUCAUCAAAGUCUAAUUUCUACUCUGUCAAAAUAUUCAAGGAAUAUAAGGUAGCAGAGUGGCAAGACAGUUAUCCAAGGGAUAAUUUCAUCUUUAUGCCUGCCUCUGACUCUACACCAAGUGACAGAGAUAUUUUGCAGGAUGUAGAGUGUGUGGAGCAGGAUGAUGAUGAUGAGGUCUAUCCUCAAAUACAGACAGCAGAGACAACAGAAUUUUUCUUCUGUCACCAAAGUGAAUUUCAACGUCAUCUUUUGUACAGGUAUGGAAACUCCCUUUGCUUUCUUGACACAACAUACAGAACAACAAAAUAUGCAUUGCCUCUGUUUUUUCUUGCUGUGAAGACUAAUGUUGGAUACAGUGUAGCUGCAGAAUUCAUUGUGCAGCAUUAA